CUUUCUGCUUCUAAGCGCAUGUUGCCUCCGUUAUUCUUCGUCAUACUCGAGAGUUCAGUGCGAAAACGAGCCGAAGAAAUGGCGGGUCCAGAGGUGCAGAGUCGGAUUUCUUCGAGUGAAAUACGAAUCCAAAACAAGGAAAACGAAGAAAUUAUUAUAUCAGAGACUCAGUUAAAUAAAGUCUUCAACAGGCAUUUGGAACUUCUCAUUACAUAUGUUGAAAAUUCGAAAGUACUGUUUAUGCCUUAUCCAAUCGAGACCAUUAGACAAUUCGUUACUUAUGUACAGACGGACGAUCCUGGAUUGACCUCUAUUGAACACGCUUUCGACCUGUAUCAUCUGAGUUCAAGGUACGAGUUAGACAAUUUAAGAAAGAAAUGCAGAUUAUUUAUCAUUCGGCAAAUAAAUCUGCAUAACGUCUGUGCAAUCCACGAUUUUGCACGUGAGAUCGGUGACAUGGACAUAACUUAUUAUUGCUGGCGAGCUUUCGACCAACACGGAGAAAGACUAUUUACAACAGUCGACUUUAUGUGCUGUAGAAUUACAACAAUUAACAGACUGCUAUCUCGAGCGAUAUAUGAAUCAGUCACUGAAUUGCGUUUACUCCAAGCCGUAUAUCAGUGGAGCAUAGAAGAAGUUAAAAGAAAAUUGGGUGCAGACAACUUCCAUUCGAUGAAUGAAGAAUCAAAAAGGAAUGCAAUAAGAAGGGUUAUGAAGCCAUUUAUUGGAAAAGUCAGAUUUCUUGCCAUGAAUGAAGAAGAAUUGCAAUCUUGUGUUUAUACACUAAACUUGUUACACGAGAUAGAAAAGAUUCAUAUCUGGCAUGCUUUUAAGACUGGUAAUUAUUCCUUGUAUCUCAGUUAUUUCAGUCGAGAAACAAAAACCAGAAGCAGAAUAAAUUAUUGUAACUUGUUCUUGUACAUAAAUCGUGGAGAUUUUUCUCUGGUCUCUAUCAGAGAGAUGAAAGGUUACGUAUAUUUUAGCAGCGAAGUAGUUGUGAAGGAAGAUUGUUACGUCACGGCUCUUCGAUUUCCGGUGAAGCUUGGCGAAAGUUUUCCAAUGUACGUAUAUGCAUAUAUUAACAAUUUGGAUAACGAGUAUUUUUCGUUUGAAACCGUUUGCAAUUCAGAGGGUGUAGCAGACCUGAAAACGAAGUUGUAUCUAGAAAAAUACUGGUCAAUUCUUCAUGAAAAUAGUAUCAACGUUUAA